GAUUGGGGACGGCAAAGCCGCAAAAUUUCCCGGAGCUUGACCACUUCGCGAUUGACCUUGCCGACCGCGAUAUCAUCAACCACCGCAUUCCCACCCAUAACCCCUCUGCAAGCCGAUCAUACGUCCGUCGAUCGACCAGGAUGCAACCCACGCGCGCGCUCCAGGCCCUGCGCUUUCGCAGACUGCGCCUCACGACCAAGGACGUCAACAAGGGCUUCUACAAGGGCACGGGUACCGGGUCCACGGGUCGGCACACAAAGCGCGGUGGCUACAUUAUCGAGUGGGACAAGGUGCGGACCUACGUCUGCCCACCUCUGGAUGGCUUCAAGCUCACACCGUUCGUGACGGAAACCAUGCCCAGGACGUACGGCAGCUAUGACGGCCCGCUUGGGCCCAAGGACCCUGCCAUGUAUCUCGCGCGGUGGAAGGCUGAGAACGGGCUGGAUUAAGGGGUCGGUGUCGGGGUGAGUUUUACACAGGCUUCUCGCUUGUGGUGGGGUGGCCCUGGGGAAAAUCGGUCCCUGGAUAGGGACGGGUGGGCUUGGACACGUCAUUCUAAAGGGAGACGCGAAUGUAUCAUGGAUGGCGUUUUGGGGCGUUCUUAAACUGUAGAAAUGUAUAGUAAAACACAUCACACCAGUCAUGUCCAUUCCGCGUGGGUGGAGAGAACACAGCCGGUAACAAGCAGUUCCAAUGCUCAGGCUCAAACAUAUGCC